CGUGACCGUGUUAAAAGUCAAUGCCAAUUGGUUGAGAACAUUAACCUAACUUCAACUAUUCGAAGAAGCAUUGCAUCAUGGGGAGUUUUGAUUGUUGUCAAAGAGACGAAGGUUUUUUCAUUUCAUUUCAGAAAAUUUUAAAUACAAAGGUGAAAGAAUUUUAAAAAAUGUUGCGAUUUGGACAAAAAUCUUUGACUCGUUUAAUGAGCAGUGAUGCAACACAAACUGCAUCAGCAGCAACAAAUUCAAGAGCGAGUAAUAUUGUUGAUUCAAUUGUUCGUGUCGAUCAUGCUGGUGAAUUGGGAGCUGAUCGAAUUUACGCUGGACAAAUGGCAAUAUUAGGAAGAUCAAAAGUUGGUCCAACGAUUCAACUCAUGUGGGAUCAGGAAAAGAAACAUAGAGCAAAAUUUGAGGAAUUAAUAGUAAAACAUCGUGUUAGGCCAACGGCAUUGUUGCCAAUUUGGAAUGUUGCGGGAUUUGUCCUCGGCGCUGGAACCGCAUUAUUGGGAACAAAAGCCGCAAUGGCGUGUACCGUGGCCGUUGAGGAUGUUAUUGUUGAACAUUAUAACGAUCAAUUGCGAUCGCUAAUGGAGAAUAAGGAAAAUAUCGAUAAAGAAUUAUUGGAAACAAUACAAAAAUUUCGUGACGAAGAACUUGAACAUCAUGACACUGGAUUGGAACAUGGCGCUAAACAGGCGCCAUUCUAUCAAAUUCUCACCAAUGUUAUUAAGACGGGUUGUAAAACUGCAAUCGCAAUUUCCAAAGUUAUUUAAAAUCAUUUAUUAUUAUUAUUAUUAUUGUUGAGAUAUUUCCUAGUCAUUUUUUUUUAUACACUCGGAAAAGAGAUUUUUUUUUCUUCGAAAGAAGUGUAUUAAAUAUUAUUUUUCAUUCUAAAGAGAAAAAAAAAUUUAUUUACAGAAUUUUUAUUAACUGUGAGUUUCCACUCUAUGUUCCGUCGGUAAUGUAGAUUUCUAAUUUUCGAAUUGAUAGUUCUGUCAGGUCUCAAGUUAUUUUAGGAAGAAUUCUUUGGCUACUCCUCAAGUCAUUUAAGAAGAAGAAAUUAUUUUGAAAAUAAUUUUAUAGUAAAAGGAAAUUUUUACUAAAAUUUUAAAUCAUGUUGAGUUUAAAAAAAAUCUAUUUUUACCGACAGUACAUAGAAUAGAAACUCGAAGUCAAUACUGUAAAUAAAAUACAAUAUUUAGUAUCUAUUUUCCGAGUGUACUUAAAAUUAAUUAUAUCUGUUAAUUAAAAUUAAUAAUUACUUAAUUUUUUGCUAAACUAAUUAGCUAAAUAUGUAGAAAAAUAAUUAAUGAUAUAUAUAUUUGAAUACAAAUUUUGAUAAUAAAUAUCAUUUUAAAUAUGGUAAA